CGAGACUAUUACUAUAUUUGAAAUCACUGUUGUUAAUGAUUAACGGUUCAGUUCGCGCCUCGUAAUCACGGCUGAGGACAGCGUGCUCGGAGAGUGGUGGCCGGGUACAGCUGGUCGGCGAUAGCUCUCAGUUCAAUUCAAACUCCACACACGUCAUGGAAGUAAUCAAAACAAGUAGGGGUGGAGACAAGACUUGCUACUGUUGCUACAUGUACACGGAAAACAGAGACGAGGACAAGAAUUUGAUGAGUGUACUGAACGAAAAACUAGACCACGUAAAGGUUCAUUAAUAAACUUGUCUAUCGAUGAUGUGAGAGUGACUGCCCCGUAGCCGUGAAGCUGACUGUUUUGGUGUUGAAGCCAAGGAAGUCAGCAGUAUUCGUGAAAAGGCUAAAACAUCAUAAGAAAGUACAAUUUAUACACUUGUCACAGCCAUUCAAGAAACCUCAGAACGUGCGAGAGUACAUCGAGGCAGAAAAGAAUCUGUGAAAAGAAAUAUCCGACUACUGGAGGAUCAACAACAGGCGGUGACAACCCUUCCAGAUAGCAGACAGUGAUCAGUCUUCACCAAACAGAUUACUUGUCUUUGCUGCUGAUUAUGUUAUGCAACACUUAGGUACAUCAGAUGGCGUGGUGGUGGUGCUGGUGGUGGUGGUGUUUACAGUGUUACGCAAUAGAAACUACCCUAACUACUCAACCCACCGAAUUGCCGUCGUGUAGAAUGGGUUACAGUAGUCAAGAUUACUACCCGACCGAAGCUGGCUAUUACAACUACCAGACUUGCUUCUUCUGCUACCACUUCGUCCCCCGGCACAGGAGGAGGGAGGACCUGCAGGUGGCCCACGAGGCAGUAACUCUCAGCGACGGCAGGAGGCUGGCUGACUUCAUCUUCCGGGUUGAGAAUGUCACCUACCACUUUGACCCGGAGGACGAGGAGGCGUGGCAACUCGUGGUGGCGUCCCUGCUGGAUGAGGCUGAGGGGAGGAAGUUGGCUGACUGCUGCAGGGAGGCCGUGGCGUGCUGCACUAAGACGCUGAGCAGACCCCCAGGGGACCCCAGCCACUGCCCGGCCACGUGGGACGGCUGGAGCUGCUUCUCCCCAACCCCGCCUGGCACCUCGGUCUCCUUCCCCUGCCCUCACUACGCCUACAGGGGCAUUCCAGAGUGCACCCUCGAGGGCCACAAGCACUGCCAGGCUGACGGGAAGUGGACGGUGGACGAGAAGGGAGCAGAAGUGACAGAUUACUCCACAUGCAGCUACCACCACCACCACCUCCUCCUCUACAGCUGGGAGGCCACCACUCACGCAGUCUCCCUCGUCGCACUCCCGCCCGCUCUCUUCAUCCUCCUCUACUACAGACAAUUGCGCGUGCAGAGGUUCUUCCUGCACGUGCACCUCUUCGUGGCACUGCUGGGCAAGGCACUGCUCAACCUCGUCGACAACCUGGCACUCAGAAUUCCAGAGUAUAAGGAGGACGCCUCACAGCUGGAUGAGAACACAGUGGGCUGCCGCGUUCUCGUUUUCUUCACCAAGGGUUUCAACAUGGCAGUAUGGACCUGGAUGUUGGCUGAGUCUCUCUACCUACACCGCCUCAUCGUAGCAGCCUUCAGAGGGGGAGGAAGGACCUGGGUGUACGUGCUAGUGGGCUGGGUCCCCGCGCUGGUGUUGGCGGUGUGUUGGGCUGUGGGCAAGGCGGUGCUGGAGGACGUGGAGUGCUGGCUGGGACACGACCCUUCCAUCAACCACCAGCUCCACCUCAUCUUUGACAUUCCUAAGCUCCUCAUCCUUAUAAUGAACACAGUGCUGCUGGCUAACAUGACCCGAGUGCUGCUGACGAAGCUACAGGGAGUGAACGCCGACCACGCCACUGCCACCAGGAACGCCGUCAAAGCCACCAUCUUCCUGCUGCCCAUGUUCGGCCUACAGUUCUUCCUCACGCUGUACCUGCCCCCCUCCUCCACCCGGUGCUCUUGGACACAGGCGUAUUUCUUCGUGGCCACGGUGCUGGACGGCCUGCAGGGGCUAUAUGUGUCCGUGGUAUACUGCUACAUCAAUAAAGAGGUGAGGUUACAGGUCCGCCGCUCCUUGUACCGCGUGAAGGGUCGUCUUUAUGCCCAGGACCACUCCACCACCACCCACGACCCCCGCACCAAUAUCAGUCUUCUCAGCACCUCCCACGCCCCUACUCCGGAGACCGACACCACCCUCACCACCCCGACCUGAAAGAGAGAGAGGGGGGGAGGCAGUGUAGAAGAGAAUUUUAGCAGUGUUAUGUGCCGUGCAGUGCUGUCAUGUGCUCCUGUUACUCUCAAAUGUUCAGUGUUGUCUUGUAUUUGUAACUUUUAUUAGGCUCUAGUGGAUGUUAUUAUAAUUUAUAGGAUAUUUUUUAUGGUUGUAGUGAUAGUGCAGUGGAUUAUGGUAUAUAUAUUGAAUAUUAUUUAGUGUUUCUUCUUUUUCUUUCUUCUUCUUCUUCCUCCUCCUCCUCUUCUUUAAUUUUUUUUUUCCAUUUAUAGCUUUAUUUAUUUCACUGUUUCAUUUUUUUUUUUUAAUUGUAGUGGUAGUCUCCCAUAUUCUAGAUGAUGAUGUUUGUGUUUUCAGGGAUUUUUGCAUAAUUCUAGUGAUUGUUUAACACCCCCUACCUGGUUCAAGUGCGUGAGCAUGUCACUGCGGCAAUACCACUUUUAACAACGUUGUUCCACCAUCACUGGGAGAAAAACACCUAUGAGAACCUUGAUAAUCAUCACUGUGGCCUUUGAAAAACCGUCCAAGAACGGAGCGUUUCAAAAUGCAAACCCUUUUUCAACUUACCAAUUGUGCUUACUAUAGACAUUAAUGAAGUAGGUAAUUACUAUCAUUAUAUAGGGUAGUGGAUAAUAAAGACUGGAACUGAUUUACUAUACGAAUUAUUAUAGAAGGUAAAUACAAUUAUUUUUAUAAGGUAGUAGAUAAUAAAGCCUGGAUGAUGAGGAGGUGACAAGAGAUAGCGGGCUAACGUUGACAGUGUGGCGUAGGAGAGGAAGCGAGCAACACAUUCCUGGCCGCGAUUGGUGGUAGGGAGGCUGUGUCACGGCAACCUGCUGUCCUCCGCUACGCCUGUGCCUUCCUGAGGAAGACCGGCCAGCUGCCACGGCUGUGAUACCCUCAUAGGACUAACCCAGGCCUCAUAAGGAUCACUGGAACUUCGCAGUCGUAACAACAACAAGGAGGUUGUGUGUGGUGCCGCUGUGUCUGUCCACCUGCCAGUCUCGUUGUUUAUUUAUACGUACAAGUCAUUAGUAAGCACAAAAUUAGGGAUUGUAGAAAUAACCUUAGUCUACUAAUAUCCGGACAAUUACUUUAUUUUUCGGCAAAUUGUGACUUUUUUUUUCAAAUCUACACAUUGAAUGGAUCAGAAGUGAAAUUAAGGAACUGAGACUCUCCCGCCCAAUCCAUAGAUGAAAACACUCAUGUCAUUUCAGUAUAUAUCCAUAACAUAUUCUUUAUUUGAGAGUAAGUAUUACACAAAAUAGACUCAGUAGUCAGGUUAAGCGCCAAGUUAAGAGGGGACUUUUAAUAGACAGAUGUAGAAACGGGAACGGUGCGCAGGUGUAAAUAGGUUAAGUAGGUCUGGUUUACUGAAGGACCGCCAUGUAGAGGCCUACGUUCUUCAGGAAAGUAUUUGUUUAUCAGAUCAAAUCAUUCACUAAAUAAUGAUCUUUGCAAAUCUGUCUAGACAUCCACCAACACUCCUGGAAAUUUAUAUCUGAGUAAAAUGUGUCUUUGG